GGUUUUCAGCUGGCUCAAAAAGGCGCAAAAGCAAACUAUCCUGUGGUCAUGAUGCCCGGCUUUGUCACAUCGGGUCUUGAGGUUUGGGGCGGGAAAGAGUGUGCGCGCAGUCAUUUUCGACAGCGCCUUUGGGCUGCUAUUGGUGGAGCAAGGAGUUUUCUGACUGACCGGGAAUGCUGGAAGGAGCAUAUGAUGUUGAGUCUAAAGACCGGUGUCGAUCCAGCUGACAUUCGGCUACGAGCUGCCCAAGGCUUUGAAGCGGCGGACUACUUCAUGGCAAACUAUUGGGUUUUCGGAAAGGCAAGUCACAUGCUCUUAAUCAUUGAAAAUUUGGCCGAUUUGGGAUAUUCUCCAUCCGAAAUGACGAUGGAACCGUAUGACUGGCGCCUGGCGUUUCCUUUACUCGAAAAGCGCGACGGAUACCUUACUAAACUACGGCACACAAUUGAAGCCAUGCACAAAACUACCGGGAAGAAGAUUGUUUUAACCUCGCAUUCCAUGGGGGGAAUGUUAGUCCACUAUUUCUUUAAAUGGGUGACGACGAGUGCAUCGAAGGGCGGAGGUGGGGGAGGCAAACACUGGGUUGACGAGCAUAUUCACGCUUACGUCAAUAUUGCCGGUUCCCAUCUGGGCGUUGUGAAAGCGGCAACAGCCUUGUUGUCCGGAGAAAUGAGUGACACCAUCCUCAUGGGAACAAUGGGCAGUAUGCUGGAACAGUUCUUCGGACGACGACAGCGCCGAGAUUUAUGGACGACAUGGGGAUCGCUAUGGACAAUGCUUCCAUUAGGGGGAAAUUCAAUCUGGGGUAGUGAGAACGCCAAAUCCGAAAUGAAUGCAACGAUCGACAUAGAUUCAUCUCUCAAAGACUUCGCAGAAGACUUUGUAUCAUAUAAAUCGCACACGGCCGAAGAUGUCGCCGACUUUCUCAUUGGAUUCGGUGCCGCACGCGGGCACGAAGUUGCCAACCCCAAAAUGGUGUCUGUGUACGGUGACGACGAAAAACCGUCGUCCAGAACGUGGCACGACCCAACGCGAACUCCACUGCCUUACGCACCAAACAUGAAGAUAUAUUGCAUGUACGGUGUGGGGGUUGCAACGGAACGCGCGUACUACUACCAGGGAAAUCGCGAGGAGGCGAAAGAUGAAGCAGGCCCAGGACAAGAUCUUCAGGAGCCACCGGUCGUUCUGGAUCCGACUGUAAACGAUGCAGAGCGCAAUGUAACCCACGGGAUUCGUUACAGUGACGGGGAUGGAUCUGUACCACUUAUCUCGCUUGGGUAUGUUUGCGUAGACUUGUGGAAGCGAAGAGAGACUGGCCUGAACCCAUCGCAGACAGCCGUGCAUACUAGAGAAUACCAUCACAGUCCGGGUUUCUGUGUUGAUGAUCCUAUGCGUGGUGGCCCUUCGAGCUCCGAUCAUGUUGACAUCCUGGGCAACAUGAACAUGAUGGAAGACUUUUUGAGGGUGGUCAGUGACUUUGAAAUCUCCGAAGUAAAUAACGACAAGAUUUCUAGCGACAUAAAGCAUCUUUCGGAAGAAAUCACCGCCCACAAG